AUGAGUACGCAGACAGUAACUGAAGAUACGAUCACUGAGAUGAAUAAAUAUAAUUUUAACAAACCAAUUAAUGUUACGAUAAUUUUUGAUGAGUGUGAAGAAGAUAAUGAUUGCCAAGAGGUACAUGACAUAGAAAACUCUACUACGGACACAAAUGUGAAAGAAAAUAACAAAAAUACUAAUACCAACGUACAUGAAAAACUUAUUAAUGGCAUCAAGAAGAAAUUAAAUAAUAGUAAUAAGAAAUUAAAAAAGCGAGUUAAUAAUGAUGGUGAAAGAAAAUCAAAACAAAAUAAAGGUUUAGAAAAAACUGGCACUAUCAAAAAUCCUUCAUUAAUACAGACCCGUAAUAAUCAUAUGGAAUAUACAACAAUGCAUUUAAUUAAUAACACAGGAUUAAAUCAAUGUAAUAAACCCAAUCAACAAAUUAAUACAGAUAUGAUGUUGGGCCUCGUAGCAAAAAAUAUGAUUUUGAUUAUGGAAGCUUACACUAACUACUACAAAACAUUAAAUAACUCUGUUGAUAAUCUUACUUCUGAAUACUCCGAUUUCCUAAGAACGAAUUAUUUACGCAUCAAGUAUUACUAUUUUAAUAAAUCUCAAACAAUAUCUGAGUUGAUACUUUUACCUCAAGAAAGAAAUAAAUGUUUUAUCGAAAGCUUUUUGUUUAGGACAAUUCAGAUGGCCAAAGGAAAAAUGAAUAUCUCGUAUAAUAAUCUCAGAAAUCUAUAUUUUGAUUUAUUAGAAUGGACUAAACAGAAACAAGAACAUUCGUCUCGUGCAAUUAAAGAAAACCAGAAUAUGAAUAACUUUCAUCCCCUCCUGAGGGUGAUUCCGCCUUCAAAAUCACUGUCGCAAAAUAUUUCUGAUCAUAUAAGAAGACCUGAAAGUGAAAGUCAAACUAAAGAUUUUGAUAAAAUCAACUUGUUUUCGUCUGGACCACCUGGAAAUGAGAUUAACAUAAGUGUUGAUCCGAAAUUUAUAAAUCCCAAAACUCAUCAUGUUACUGCACAAUGCCGUACAACUUGCCUUAAUGAAAUGCAAUCCAUAAAUCAUAAUGUGCAAACCAGUGUUCCCUUAUCGAAUAUAGUGAAUUGUAAUGCUAAAGAAAGUAUUGGUUUUAAUAACACUCCGAUAAGGAACAUACAAGAAAGGCGGAUCGAUACUCAAAGAAUACUAGAAGAUCCAUGUGCCAAAUAUUCUAGUCAGCCACCAGUGAUUUAUCAAGAUAAUAUGCAAAGCAGGGUUACGCCAAGAAACAGUAAUGAGUAUGAAACAAGCAAACAAUCAGAUUCACAAGACGCCAAUAGAUGUUCCAUAUCCAGAGAUAGCGGUUUUAUGAGUCCAAUAAUAUUUAACCCGUUAUCGGAACCAACGUACGAUGUAAUUCGGGAUCAAUGCUUGUCGAAGACAACCUCUAUGACUGUGUCAAAUGUGACCACAUAUAUGCCUAAUACUACGAAUGCAAUACUUCGUUUAUGUCACGUUUGUGGAAAAAUAACAAAACUAAUGUGUGUAGGCUGUUACAAAUUAUACUACUGUUCUGAAGCUUGUCAGUCUGGCGAUUGGAACGUGCAUAAAUUUGUGUGUCACAAAUAA